AUGGAGGAGGCAACCAGACAACACUUUUUUAACCAUGGAAAAGAGGGCUUUGAGGAUGAGAAACAUGACUGUCACUGGUGCCAGAUCCGCGCCUUCAAGACCCACAGUACCAUCCCUAUCACCGUGGUGAAUGAAGUCGACGAUGAAGUUCUGCCCGAAAACUUCAGGUUCAUCGACAAGAUGGUCUAUGGCCAGGGCGUCGAGGCUGCUGAGGAUAGUUUCCGGAGCGGCUGUUCGUGCGGGGAUAACGGCGCCAAAUGCCAGUAUAGCGCCUGCGAUUGUCUCGCUGAUCUCGAGGAGGACGACGAGGAUGUCAAGGCGUACGCUUACCACACGGGUGGCGCCAAGGCCGGCCUUCUUCGCUCAAGAGUUAUCGACUCGACCCAGCCGUUGUACGAGUGCCAUCAGGCCUGUUCAUGCUCCACCCUUUGUCCAAAUCGCGUUGUGGAAAGAGGACGAACAGUUCCACUGCAGAUUUUUCGGACAAUCAACCGCGGUUGGGGUGUCCGCUGUCUCGAAGAAAUUAAAGAAGGUCAAUUUGUUGACUGUUAUCUUGGGGAAGUCAUCACUUCCGCUGAAGCAGAUCGCCGCCGUGAACAAUCUGCCAUCUCACAAAGGAAGGACGUUUAUCUGUUUGCACUGGACAAGUUCACGAAUCCCGACUCUCUGGAUCCCCGUCUCCAAGGUCCCCCGCUAGAGGUGGAUGGGGAGUUCAUGUCUGGCCCUACUCGUUUCAUUAACCAUUCUUGUGACCCUAAUAUGCGGAUCUUUGCGAGAGUUGGCGAUCAUGCAGACAAACACCUCCACGACCUGGCUUUAUUCGCAAUCCGCGACAUUCACCGGGGUGAAGAGCUAACUUUCGACUAUGUGGAUGGAGUUGCAGAGGACAACGAAGAAACCUCACUGAACGUUGAUAACAUGGAAAAGUGUCUAUGCGGCAGCAAGAACUGCCGGAAGUUUUUAUGGUAA